AUGUCCGAACCUGAAAUCGUUGACGAUUUCUACGGUGUUUACCUGUUGUAUAACAUAAAUCCUAAAUAUAAAGGACGGACUUACAUCGGGUAUACGAGAGAUCCUCUUAGAAGGAUAAUGCAGCAUAAUAGAGGAACUUGGGCUGGUGGAGCACAUCGAACAAAUAAUAAGGGACCGUGGAAAAUGGUUUUAAUUGUACAUGGAUUUCCAAAUAAUAUUUCGGCACUUAGGUUUGAAUGGGCAUGGCAAAACCCUAAUAAAACAACAAGAUUGCAACACUUAGACCUCAAGAAAAUUCCUAGAAAAGAAACUGAAAUACAAUUUAAGAUAAGAGUGCUAUCAGAGAUGCUCCGGGUCGGACCUUGGUAUCGACUGCCAUUGACAAUUCGCUGGCUAGAACAAGAUUUUUAUCAAGAAUUUCCUCCUGAAAGGAAAGCUCCACAUCACAUACCGACAUGCUAUGGCCCAAUAAAAGCCAGAAAUCUGAAAAUAUCUCAAUUGCCACCUACGUUAUACUCUCUUUGCGAUAUUUGUUCUACAUCUAUAUAUGACAAUAAAAUGACAUGUCUCAAUACCAGUUGUAGUUUAGCAGUACAUAUGACAUGUUUAGCAGAACAUUUUUUGCCACCAGGAGAGUAUGUACCCAUAGAAGGUAGAUGUCCUUUAUGUAAAGCAAAUUUGAAAUGGGGAGAUUUAGUACGGAAGUUGAAAGGCUGCCAAUACGCAGACGAGAAAGAGACAGAUGAACCUGAUACUUGUACUCAGGAUAAAGUAUUUGUUGAUAAUAAUUCCUGGUUUUUAGACUGUAAUGAUGAUAUUUUGUGA